AUGUCAUCAAUAAAGUUGAAAGAAGCUAAAUCUUUAUUAUAUAAAAUAAAACUAAAUAUAGAAGAAAUAAAUGAAUUAAUAGAAGAAAGAACCAACCUAAAAAAUCUAAAUUUAGAACCAUCAACUAAUGAUAACUUCGAUUUAAUAACCAUUUUUACCAAAACUACGGAAUACUUUAAACUAUUAAAUGAAGAUCUAAUAAACAAUAAAAGAAACGACGACCUCACUAAUCAAUUCGAAGAAUUAUUCACCCAAUAUAAUGAAAUUUAUGAUAAUCUACAGUCAGAUUCAACAAUUGAUGUAUCAGAAUAUAAAUAUGAAAAACCAAUAUUCAAUAAUAUAAACGGAAACAGUAUAACUAAAACAGUACGAUUUAAAGAUUUACCAGAUGAACAAGAGUUACAAGAAUCACAAACAGGUAUAUCUCAAUUCAAACCAUAUAAAGAUGACGAAGAAGAACUACCACAGGAAGAACCAUAUAAAGAUUUAACAAAUCAUCAAGUGUUUGCACAGCAUCAACAAACAAUGAUGAGACAAGAUCAAGAUUUAGAUGUUUUACAUCAACUGAUUUCAAAACAAAAUUUAAUGAGCCAUGAUAUUAAUCAUGAGUUAGAUGAUCAUGUUAUAAUAUUGAAUGAUUUGGAACAGGGAGUUGAUGGAUCAAGUUUCAGAUUGGCUAGAGCUACUUCUAGAAUUAAUGAAUUUAGACGAUUAGCUAGAGAAAAUGGAAGUUUGGUGACAAUUAUAAUUUUGACUAUUAUAUUGAUACUUUUGUUGAUCGUUUUAAACUGA